AUGGACAAAACUGCUUCCACUCUAUCCGGCCACCACAACCUCAUGGAGGUGCCGCCAUCACCGCGACUUGUCCGUAGCCGAAGCGGUAGCAGCCCCGCCGCCGCUAUAACCACCCCAGAGAGAAGUUCACAUAGGUUAAGCUCUAGUCAAAGAUUCACCAUCACCAGUGUCCAACGUUCAAAGUCAACAUCAAGAACAAGAACAACCAACAAUGAAAGAAACAAUAUUAACCUAAAUCCCACUUUAACAACAUCGGUUUCGAGUAAGCCAAAGAACAAUAGGGUUCAAGAGAAGAAGAGUAGAGAUGAUGGCUUUGGCAAGUUCUUGCAACGUGGUGUUAGCCCUGAUAAUAUUAAUGUUGGAGCUUCAAAGAGGUCCACAUCAAAGUCGCCUUCGGCGUGGGCGCUUUCGCCGGGAAGGUGGUCACUUGGCUCUCCAAUAUGGUCUCAACCCCCGGCGAAAACAAAUGGUAGUGAUAACGGUAAUAAUGAUAGUAGUGUUGGUGGUGGUGUUACUAAAGUCUUGAAGUACUUCAAGCAAAGAAAAGUAUCGUCAGUGCAAGAAGAAGAGUACCAUCGGUUUAGGAUUUUGCAUAAUACACUUUUGCAAUGGAGAUUUAUCAAUGCUAGAGCUGAGGUUGCCAUGGCUAAUGUCAAGAAUAUAGCCGAGAUAAAAUUGUUUUCUGUAUGGCUUAGAGCCCUCAUGUUGAGAAAGAUAACAAUACAGAAAAGAAUCGAAUUGCGAAAGGUCAAACAACUGGUCAAGCUUUAUCAAAUUUUGGAUGGACAACUCUAUCUUCUUACUGAAUGGGCACAAUUAGAGAGAAGAAAUCAAGAAUCCGUAGCCAGAUUGACAAGGAAGUUGUCAGCAUUAUCCACCAUACUGCCUUUAACUCACACUGUUAAGGUAGACACGGAAUCCGUCUUUGAAGCCCUAAAUACAGCCGCUAAAGUAAUGGAGAGCAUCGAACCAUUAAUGGCGAAAUACCAAACAAAGAAGGUUGAAAGGAUUCUUUAUCAAAUUACAGAACUAACCACCACAUUAAAACAGGAAGAAGAGUACUUACAAAAACUUCUGGGGCUUGUUCCGGUUAUUUCUACUUUAUUGGUUCGGUGA